UCACCCCUGGAAAUGUAUGCCUGUUCCAGGUUCAUCUCCACCCGUGCCUUGGUCAGGAGCACCUCUCAGCUGCUGAGCCGUCCUCUGUCUGCAGUGGAGCUGAACCCACAGACACGGAAAGAUGAGGUCCUCAGCAGCUUGGCAGUCCCUCGUCCUUUGACCUCACUCGUCCCUAGCCGCAGCUUCCAAACCUGUGUCAUUUCCAGGGACAUCGACACAGCCGCCAAGUUCAUUGGGGCUGGGGCUGCUACUGUUGGGGUGGCUGGCUCUGGGGCUGGGAUUGGAACUGUUUUUGGGAGCCUCAUCAUUGGUUAUGCCAGGAACCCUUCUCUGAAACAACAGCUCUUCUCCUAAGCCAUUCUGGGCUUUGCCCUCUCAGAGGCCAUGGGGCUCUUUUGCCUAAUGGUGGCC